GUUCUUUUGUUUACAGUUUAUUCGCAAUGUGUCAGCGUAAACGUCAACUAGCUCGACAAAGCUAUUAAUUUCUAUAACUUUCAGUGUAUUCACGUAGCACAUAUUUUAUAUCAUAAAACACAAUGAAUCACUCUUCUUAGCUUGAAAUGACAGUAUCAGAUCCAUUAUUGAAAGAAUUGAAAGCAUGCACGGCAAAGCUGAUGCAAGCAUCCGCUUCCGGCAACGAGAUAACUGACGAUGACAUAAACCUGCUUCCUUUCUGCCAGAAUGUGGAGCAAAUUUUUCAGAAGGGCCUGGUGCAGGGCCACUCCGUCCUGGGCCUCGCCCCGACCGCGCAGAGCUGGUAUUGGCUGGAGCAAGCGGCGAGGAUCCCGAGCAGCGCAGGCCCCAGCUACCAGCUGGCCGUGUCGGCGGUGCGCAGCUGCCCCAAGGUGGGCACGCCCCUCGGGAGACUCCGGCUGCUCGUCCGCACCUGCCUCGCCAAGAAGUGCCUCCACGCCCCGGUCGAGGCGCUGGUGCGGGGCGGGUCCCCGCGCGGCGUCUACGACCCGGCGGGCUCCGUGCUGGGGGACGAGAUCCUGGGCGAGAUCCUGCUGUCGGUGCUGCUGCAGUGCGGCCGGCUGGCCUUCCGGCUGGACCUGGCCAACUGCUCCUUCCUGGACGCGUCCUGGCUGCCGCCGCCCGUCGCCCGCCUCGAGUUCGUGCCCUGCCGCAGCCUCGGCGUCUGCAUCACGUUCGUGGGCGGCAAGGCUAUCGUGGCGGCUGUCGAGACGAACAGCUUGGCCGCCGAGGAUGACAGGAUCGAGGCGGGCGACGUCCUGGACGAGCUGAACGGCCGCCACGUGACGACGAGCAUGCGGGGACAGCUGGCGUCCAUCAUGCGGAGCGGCUCGGGCAAGCCCGUCACCGUCACCGUCAUCAAGGCCUGCUACCCAGGCACGCUGAGCCUGUACCCGCCACUGGUGGGGCUACUGUGGCAGGCCCGUCUCGACCCGGACCGCGUGCGCAGCGGCCACUGCCGGGCGGCCACGGAGCACCAGGAUAACACCUGCCUGCCGGCCGUCAGCGCGGGCCGCGCGGUGGCGUACGUGGGGAGCGAUUCGACGGGCGCGCGGGGUGACGUGCGGGAGAUAGAGCGAGCCGUGGGCGCCGUGCUGGCGGCGGAAGCGCCGCGCCGCGCCGACGCGCGACUCGUCGUCGUCGAGUGCCACGAGAUGGGCGUCCGCGUCUUGGGGGCGGACGACGGCCGGGUGCUCUUGAAGCACUCGUACAUGGAGAUAUCGUCGUGCGGGAGGACCUCGACGUGGCCCCACCACUUCGCCUACAUCGCCGGUGAGCAGAGCUGCAACAUCGCAGAGUCGUUUACGUGCUUUGUGUUCGAGUGCCGAGACGAAGAGCACGUCGACAACAUCUUGCACAGCAUUGGGCAAGGAUUCCAAAGGACGCACUUUGCCGUUUGAAGACUUAAUCGCAUCCUGUGGAUCGUCGCGUUCAGAGUGUUUCGCACCGCGCUUCGCACAGGAGCGCCAAUCUUCGUCGCUUUCCCCCCGAUGAUGGUUGCAAAUGGUAAAAGUUUCAUAUCACGUAUCCAAGUUCAUCCCUUGAUCCUGAAAGGUGUGAUCCUGUGGUACAAAAUGCUUGCUGGUUUAAUUUAGUACGUCGAAAGAUCCUGGACAGAACAGUAACUUGUGAUAUAACAAGGCAUUAUGAUCAUAAGUUAAAUACAGUAGAAAAAAUUACUUAAGACCUGUGCAUAAUUUGUUCAUAUUGCAAUAGUUAAGGUUUUUGUGUGUCCAGGUUCUUUAGACAUACUAAAUUAAAACAGCAAGCAUCAUGUACUGUAUAAACAAUCGUGCCAUCAGAAUCAAGGGCUGGACUUCGAUACGUAAUACAGAACAAUUACCAUUUUCAGGUUUUUUUUCCAAAGGAAAAUUAUGCUGGCAUUGCGGUGUUUUACAAUCAAUCAUACAAGCCACCUUGUACGUUUGUUAACAACAUUUCUGCUCUAAAAUUGUUGUGUGUGUUACGUUAAUUUUGUGUGUGAAUUUUAUGUGUGAAUUUUAUUCAGUGUUAUGUCGAAAAAUAAAAUAUUCUAGUGUUAAACUAAAUACAAAUUUUCUUUUGAUGAUGGAGCCCAAAAAAUGCAGAAGUUGCACUCAGGUCAGGUACAAGUCGGGAAUAGAGAACGAUUUUUAGCUUUCGUGAGAUGAUUCAAAUGAGCUGAAACUAAAUAUUUUUAUUUAAAAAAAAUAUAUUUAUUUAUUUGUGCAUUCCUUUUUGCCACUCACUAAUACAGUAUAGUGUUUAUGCUCUCCGCCUCUAUUUUCAGCAUCACUUCUCCUUUGGCCGCGUCCUUCAGGAUGACUUGGCGCGGACUGGUCUCGCUGCGGGCAACAGAAACCCACCCAACUGCGAUGAACCACGUGAACAGGAAAGCAUUCGCAACAAGACGAAUGUGAAUCGUGAUGACAGGCCCGACGCCUCAAAAGCCUCGAAGCAGCAAGUUGAAGGGGUUAGAGAUAAACACCGAAAGAUGACCUCUUAGGUCCCAACCAGGAGCGUAGGAACCGGGGGGGACAGGGGGGAUGUGUCCCCCUGAACUUUUUGGGUGGAGGGGACUGUACCCCCCCCCCCCCCCGAACUUUCUAUAGACCGUGAUAUUUUAUUUUAUAAUAUUAUUCUGCCCAACUUUAUUUGUAAUUUCUUCACUCAUCAAAUUUUAUCUUAAGGAAACAAUAAUAAUUUUAACAUUGAUGUAUCCAAUGGUUAGAUACAAAAACUACUUAAAAAGCGCUAUUUUGCACUUUUAAAAUCAAAAUUUUCCGGUGGAGGACCCCCGGACCCCCCAUCUUAGUAAGAGGGGAAUGGGUUUACAUGACAUCAAAAUCAUUAUUUGUGCCCCCCCAACUAUAUGAACACAGCUACGCCAAUGGUCCCAACGGUUUUUGGCCGAGAGUACGAGGCGAUACGGGACCAGGAAUGGGACGGUACGGCCAUGUCCUGAGAAUGGGGGAAAAGAGAGGACUGCGUAGGAAAAUGAUGGAGUUGAAGUACACUGGAAGAAUGCCCCAAGGAACACCAAACAGUAGGUGGGAAGAGCAGAUAGUUGGAAUGCAGGAGUCCAUGGACAUAGCCAGGGGGG